AAAAUAUUUUACAAACACAGUAAAAUCCAAAGCUUUUUUUUGGAAAUUGUCUUACCCAUUUCUCUACCGUAAGACAUUUUCCCUUUCUCCUUUCUCUUCUUCAACCUUCUUCUGUUAUCUCUAUCUGCUAAGGCCGGCAUAUCGCAAAAGAUUCGGCCCUCUGCUAAGAGUGGUUCCAGUUGAUUUACCUCCCCAUUUUCGAUUACUUGAGUUAAAAAAAAAUCGUUUUCUGGCGUUUGAUUUUGUCGAUGGAGGAUGGUGGUUGUGCGAGUCUCGUCGGAGCUGAGAUUCAUGGAUUUCAUACAUUGCAAGAUUUGGAUGUUAAAAACAUGUUGGAAGAAGCCAAGUCAAGAUGGUUACGCCCAAAUGAGAUUCAUGCUAUACUGUGCAACCAUAGAUAUUUCUCCAUUUAAGCGAAGCCAGUGAACAUGCCGAAAAGUGGUACCAUUGUAUUGUUUGAUCGAAAGAUGCUGAGGAACUUUCGAAAAGAUGGUUAUAAUUGGAAAAAGAAAAAGGAUGGGAAGACUAUUAAAGAAGCUCAUGAACACUUAAAAAUUGGUGAUAAAGAAAGGAUUCAUGUAGAUUAUGCACAUGGUGAAGAUAACUCAACCUUUGUUCGCAGGUGUUAUUGGCUGCUAGAUAAGUCUUUGGAGCAAAUAGUUCUUGUUCAUUAUCGUGAAACAAAUGAGGUUUCACUAGCCACACAUUCAAAUUCGAGUUUGUUAAUAGAUCAGUCUACUCCUUUGCUUGUUACAGAAGAGUUUGAUUCUGGAAUUGCUAAUACAUAUUCUGAAGAACCAGGUGAGAGUGUUAAUGUUAGAAAUCAUGAAAUGAAGCUUCUUGAGAUUAAUACACUUGAAUGGGAUGAGCUUCUGGUGGCAAAUGGUGCUAAUGAUUCGAUUGCAUCUAGAGGAGGUAUUGUAUUAGUUUCCAGUAUAAGCAGUAACACUUAUUUAGUUGCUGAAUUGUUCACAUAUUUUGGUUGUGAUAGCAGACAAUGUUUCUUGCUUUGACCAACAGAACCAAAUGGCAGUAAAUGACUUCUCAAAUUAUGUAAGCAGAACCAUUUCAUAGCUCUUAAGUUCUUAUAUAUUUUAAAUUUGCUUU